AUACCUCUUUCUCUGUCUGUCUGAACUUUGAAUAGAAUAGUGUGAUUUUGAUAAGCUCAUAGUGUCGACAUGGGUUGUGGAGAUGAGGCCUUGGUUCAAAAGAUUUGCGAGCUGUACGAGCAAAUCUCGAGCCUCGACAGUCUAAAGCCAUCUAAACAUGUCAACACGCUCUUCACCCAGCUCGUCCACGCAUGUAUUCCCCCAACUCCAAUUGAUGUCAACACCUUGUCAAGUACCCUUCAAGAAACCAGAUUUAAACUCAUUAAGCUCUGUGCACAAGCCGAGACUCUUCUUGAAUCCCACUUCUCCUCUAUUUUAGCUUCUUUUGAUGAUAACCCACUUCACCAUCUCACCAUUUUCCCUUACUACUCCAACUAUCUCAAGCUCGGUCACCUUGAAUUCAACAUUUUAAACCAGCACGUUCUCCAUGCUCCCACUCGAGUUGCCUUCGUGGGUUCAGGUCCUCUCCCCCUCACCUCAAUCGUCUUGGCUUCUUUUCACCUCGCCAAGGCUUCUUUCCAUAACUAUGAUAUCGACCCUUCUGCCAACUCCAUGGCUCAACGCUUGGUCUCCCCUGAUCCCGACCUCUCCUCUCGUAUGUUCUUCCACACUUGCGACAUAAUGGAUGUCACGACUGAGCUCAAGGACUACGACGUCGUUUUCUUGGCCGCUCUGGUGGGGAUGGACAAGGAGGAAAAGGUCCGAGUCAUUGACCAUUUGGCUAAGUUCAUGGCUCCUGGUUCAAUCCUCAUGCUGCGGAGUGCUCAUGGCGCUCGAGCUUUUCUCUAUCCUAUCGUGGAAACCUGUGAUCUGAGAGGCUUUGAGGCGUUGUCUGUUCAUCAUCCCACCGACGAAGUAAUCAAUUCAGUCGUGGUAGCUCGCAAAUUGCCCAUGUCCAAACACCCGCUUGAUCAAGAUCUUGGACAUAGAAUUCUUCCAAACAAGUGUUCCGAGAUUCAAAGUUUCAAUCCUCUCAUCACUCAUGGUAGCAUGAUUGAGGAGCUCACCUUUGAAGAGCAGCUCUCAUGAAAGCUUUAUCUCUCUCACUUUCUCUUAAUUAAUCUCCCUGGUAUUAGAUUAUAUAUGUUAAUUUUCAGACACGCCUAACAUGUUAUGGUACUCCAUCCAAGUACUAUAUAUUACUACAUAUGUGUCUUUUGCAUUUUACUGUUGUGAAGAAAAAUACCCAGUUCGGAAAACUGGUGAAGAUUUCUGAAAUUUUCCUUGAGAAUAUUAAUGAUCGAUGUUAUUUGAUCAUCAUGAGAUCUUAAUUUGCAUGUCUUGAUGAUGACAUGUAAUGUACCCGCACAAACACAUUAAUCAGAUCUCCAUCCUUCAAAUUUU